AUGCCCCCAACCUACGCAGAUUGGCCCUACGGCCCUCCCCCACCCCCAGGGAUGGGCAUGCCCGGCGCCAUGCCCAUCGGGCAGCAAGCCCCUCCCCCGCCUCCUCCUCCUCCCCCCAUAGGCCGCCCCUCCACAAGCCACUCGCAUCGCUCGCAUCGCCACCGCGCACAGUCUAUGUCGGCUGCUCAGGCUGCUAAUCCCUCUGCUGCUGCGGCGGGCGGGAUGGGGAUGUCCGGGAAUGUGGCCAAUACCGGGAUGCCGUAUAUCCGGGAGCCGGAGGACUUGUUGAGGGUGAGAGAGAGGGGGUAUGGGACUGCUCCGGCUCCGCCGCCGACGGGGGCGAAUGGGUAUGGAUACUCCGGCUUUGCGGGGUAUUAUCGGGAUGAUCGGUAUGGGAGGGAGAGGGAGAGGGAGAAGGAUCGUGAAAUGAGGGAGAGGGAGCGGGAUCGCGAGCUGAGGGAGCGCGAAAGGGAAAGAGACAGGGACAGAGACAGAGAGAGCACACGAGACCGAGAGAGAGAGAGAGACCGCGACCGCGACUUUGACCCAGCCUACGACCACGCCAUCGCCUACUACCGCCCGCCUGCGCCCCUGCCGGGCCCCGUCUCCCGCCGGGCCUCAGUCGCAGGCACCCACAACAGCAGCGCUACUAUUCCCGUGUCGCCAACCAACGCUCUCGAACGGCAUCGUGGCGCUGGAGUCAACGGCGCCCUCUGGAAUGUCACGUCUGCAGCCACAACCGAGCCACAUAUUGUCGCUGAUCUACUUGACGAUGUGGGUCAGGAUAGGGCAGUGAAUGUUUAUUUCAACUACGGGCCGGUGCAUAUCCAUCGCGGAGCGGGGAUUCCACCGCCGCCAGGCCAGGAGCUAGGGCUUGUGGUGGGGAGGAGGGAGGUCCCGUUGUAUAGGGACAGGUCCCGCGAACGGGACAGGGACGAGUCCGAUCGGGAUAGGCGUAGUAGGAGUCGCGCCGUCAUGGCGGGUGCUGCGGCAGGGAGAAGACGCGCGCAUUCUGUUUCGCAUAUACAUUCGGGAAGAGCAGUGCACACCAUCAUGGCACUGCCCUCCCGCGGCGACGGACGAGCAAGCGCAGCAGAGAGGGAUGUCUCGCCGAGCAGCACGGCACGCGUGACCAUGGAUUUUGAGAGCGAUCCAGACGGGGAAGGUAGCGAGACCGACUCACCUGGUCCGCCGGGCGGGGUGAGGGUUGCGCGCGCGAGGGCUAGAGAGAAGGAUCGGGAAAGGGAAAGGGACAGAGACAGAGACAGAGCAAAGCCCCGAUCGAGGGAGAGGACGUCUGCUAAGGCACGGGAAAGGGAGAGGGAGAGGCUCAAGGCGCGGGCUGCUGGAGCCGUCGCUAAGGAGCGUGAACGCGGCGGCGGGAAUAUCACGCCGGAGUCGUCUUCCGGGUCAGAAAGUGAGAGUGAGGGUGCGGGGAGUGAUGAAUCCGACUAUCUGCCGCCGCCAAAGGGGGUCAGGGAGGCGAUGGAGAGGGAGAAGGCAAGGAAGAGACAGGCAGCUAGGUAUCGCGAUCGUGAAGCUAGCGAGGAGAGGGCGCUUGAUAAGGAGUGGUCGAGGGAGAGGCUUCGGGCGAGAAGUGUUUCGCGGCCAGGGGUGAGGGGGGAGUCGAGGGAAAGGGAGAGGUCGAGAGAGAGGACGAGGGAGUUGGAGAGGGAAAGGGAGAGGUCACGGUCGAGGGUUAGGCCGGAAGCGCGCGAGAGAGACCGGGAGAGGGAGAGGGAGAGGGAUAGGGAUAGGGGUAGGGAUCUCCGUGAAAGAGACCGUGAUGUUCCCCGCCCUGCCACGGCUACAGGAAUCCCGCACGACCGCGACCGCGACCCUCUCUACGAUCAAUGCGACGGCUGCGGCAUCCUCUCUGAGCUUGUAGACGGACUGUGCUCUGAAUGCGAGUAUUAUGCCUUCAGCCCUCGCGAACGCGAACGCGAUCGUGACCGCGAAGCCCCCCUUCGCCGAUCCCGCUCCUACCGCGACCUCGAGCGCGACGACAAGGCAGCUCGAGAGCGUCUCCGUUCGCGGUCGAGGGGUCCCCCGGUCGAUCGCGAUCGCGACAGGGAGAAAGACAUCCGCCGCGCCGUCACUACCGGCCCUGGCUCCGGCCCUUACGCUCCUCCUCCCCCAGGUCCGGGAAUGGGAUACGCCUAUGGCUACGCCUACCCCAGCGGCAGUCUUCGCCACGUCUCAUUCACCCCGCGCUCAGGCCGAACCGCCCAACCCCCUGACCCUGGGUCAAUCCCAUCGCCGACUUCGGGCCGCGCACCCCGCGGUGAUCGCGACCGUGAUCGUGAGCCCCUCUCACCACGGGACAGACCUCUGACUAGGGACAGACCGAUCCCGAUCCAGCAUUCGACGGAGGAGUAUGACACGGAAGGGUAUAGUCUAGACGGCUCGCGCAACGCGUACGACCGCGACCGUGAGUACCUCACCCGCGGCCGGGCCCCUGCUAGAGAAAGGGAAACUCGUCUCCUGCGGGAGCGGUCUAAGUCCCGUGCACGAUCGCGCAGUCGGCCCGCCGGGGAGAGAGCCAGGGAAGGGGAGUUGGAUGCUCCGCGGCAGGAGGUGACGAUGACGCCCGAGGAGGAGGAGGAGAGUGUGGAAGGGGAGGUGAGGGGGUAUGGGUAUUAUGAUGUGAUGGAGGGGCGGGUGCCGGGGAGUAGGAGGUGGUCUGAGUACUAUAAUUAUGGGACGGGGAGUACGGGGAGACAGAGGUGGGCGUAUGGAGGGUAUGCCACUGGUGGUGGCGGGUAUGGGUAUGAUUGGGAAGGUUGGUGA